CUAGUAACGAUUCAAACAACCAUACUAAUACCUGUACCUCUGAGAUAACGUUAGUUGCGGGUUUUAGUCACGCAGAACCUUCAUUAAAAUCAUGGACGGGCUUAAACAGUUAAACGAAGAAGCUUUGCAAGACCUCUACGCGUGGAUAGACAAGAUACCGCUCUCCAGACCCAAACGGAAUAUUACUAGAGAUUUUAGCGAUGGAGUUAUGGCCGCAGAAGUAGUGAAGCAUUUCUUCCCUAAACUGGUGGAUCUGCACAACUACACGGCCGCGCAUUCCACGCAACAGAAGCUGAGUAACUGGAGCACCCUGAACAGAAAAGUUUUCUCUAAGCUGAAUUUCCAUGUACCCGAGGAGACGAUGAAAAAAAUUGUAGUCAGCACAGCGGGCUGCAUCGAACUAGUCCUUUGCUCUCUGAGAGAGAAGAUAGAGGAAAAACAAGCAGGAAAACAAUUAGAUGGCACUCAGGACUUGGAAUAUUACAGUACUAUAAAUGGACAACCCAGAUCAGUUAUUGAGGCCACUCACACCAAUCCAGCCACUGUGAAGAAGAUAGGCAAUGUAAGUCCUGCUGUAGCCUUGGGACCAAAUGUGGAUCCAGCUGUCCGUUUGCUCUUGGAGGAAAAGGAGCAAGCCAUUUUGGCUUUACAGGAGACUGUUGAGCCUUCUCUCAUGGAUGAAUGCCGGAUAUUUCCAAUCAUUUAGUCCAUUUAGAGUAAAUCUCCUGCAAGCUUGCAUUAAUCUACAUCAACAACAAUCAAUACUACCAUGUCCCCAUCCUACAUCUUUUUUUUCUUAUAAUGUGUUACACUCGGAUGUACAUCACAAUACAGAACAAAUGCUCUGUUGAUUCUUCUGUUUAAUUGUGACUGUAAUGUGCCUAAAAAUUUGUAUAAAUUCAUUCCAAUUUUUUUUUCUUUAGCAUGAGAUCUUUAAAAAAUGCAGAUGUUUUUUAAAAAUGUGAUUGUGAAUGUGUUUAAAACCUUUAGCAAACAAUGCCAGCUGGUGAGAGAGAGAUGCAUUUGUGUCACAAAAGGAAAUUGGUCUUCCUGUGCUUUUCUUUCUGCAAAUGGUCAAGGGUUGCGGGUCACAUUCUCUGACAUGUUUCCUGUUACUCUUGCAAAUGUGGUUAAAAAAAUUGCAAGGUUGUCAAAUGAGUCACUGUGAGUUCAGCAGCUGUGAUAUUUGUCACUUGACGGUCAGUAAAACAAUUUUAAGGUUCCAGUAAUAUAUUUAGAUGCUUGAAGAUUAAUCAUUUGAACAGUUUGCAUUUCAAUUCAAAGAAAAAGAUAAUCAGAAACUGGUCUAUUUUAACUGGUCUGCAUCAAAUAGUACUCAAAGUUUCUAUGGAAGGAAAUGCUACAGGAUGAUUGUGACAGAAAACUUUAUUUUGUUAUUUUGUGCCCCUGUAAAGCCCUUGGUUUGCAUGUAUUAUACCAUAAACUUAAAACCGCUGUUGAAAAUCACAUAUCACAUACAGUAAAUAUUUUAC